UAUUCAGUUCACCAAAUCUCGUUCACAAAAUAAGAUGGAAACUUGUAUCAUUAUUAGAUGUUUACUUAUCUCGUUAAUAGCGGUCGUUUUUUAUACAACAACUGCUUUUGCUCAUGCGGAAGUUGAUGAUUUUCUACUGCAACGACUUUCGGCUUUGGAAUCUAAGCAUAGAGACCUUCAAAACACGAUUGAUAUUCAGAAAAAGGAAUUACAUGAAUUAAAACGAACAUGUUCAUCCCAAGAAACUUCAAGAUACAGUCGGGCUCUGAACGGAAGUGCAGAAUAUGCUCGAAUAAGUUUCACUGCAAUUCUAAACCAUGACGUCAAUGAUCCGAACCAGCACCAAACAAUAAAAUUUAACCAGGUCAUUACCAAUGAAGGCAAUGGUUACGAUAUUCACACGGGAGUAUUUGCAUGUCCUGAAAGUGGAAUGUACCUUCUAUCUGUGUUUGCUGGUGAACGUGGCAUUGGUGGUGGAGCGUGGGUCAGUAUAAGAGUCAACAGUGUUGCAGUUGUUGAAGCGGUCGUGGAAACAUUUCAUGACAAACAAGAUCUUCAAGGAGGAAACGUUGUUUUGAAACGCCUGAAUAAAGGUGACACUGUCUGGGUAGAAGCUAUAGGUAAUCAUGACCACGUUGAACGUGCACCAACUGUGGGAAUCACAACAUUUUCUGGCGUUUACUUGUAUCCCUAAUAUUAUGCAUGAAUAAAAUCAAAUAGAAAUAUCAUAGUA